AUGUCGUUCAGCUUUGGAGGCACAGGCGGCUCUUCGGGCGCGCCAAACAACAACACAACGUCCACUGCGCCGGCUUCGGGCGGUCUCUUUGGAGCUGCGGCGGGAACACCUAAGUUCUCCUUUGGGGGUGCCACUGCCGGUAGCAGCACUACACCCGCGGGCAACCCAGGCGGUUUGUUUGGUCAACAAACUGGCGCCUCGGCGCAAAAGCCUGCUGGCGGUCUCUUUGGAGGCUCUGCGACUAACAACGCUUCUACCACACCGGCAUCGACUGGAACCGGGCUCUUCGGCGGCGGUGCCUCUACGACUCCCUCAUCGGGCGGCCUUUUUGGAGGAGGUGGUGCUUCUACCACUCCUGCGACAACUGCUACGACGGGAGGACUGUUUGGUGGAGGUGCCACCACUUCAACCACGCCUGCGAGCGGAGGGCUAUUUGGAAACAACGGAAACGCUGCCAACAAGCCUGCAGGUAACCUAUUUGGUGGUGCUAACACUACUACUCCUGCCAGUGGUGGUGGUCUGUUUGGUGGACAGAACAAUGCCACCCAGGCACAAACCGCAGCCACCACCUCAGCUGCCCCGGCAUCUGGACUGUUUGCGAGCACUGGUAACUCUUUGUUCGGAAACAAGGCAGCCUCCACCGCGCCGACUGCGACCCCCGCGAAGCCAACCUUUGCUCUGCCAUCGACGACACCAGCCGGAGCACCACCUGCGGACUCUUCGAAGCCUGGCGGAUCCAACCUUUUCGGAAACGCAGGUGCUCAGACAUCCACCACACCCUCUCUCUUUGGAGCGAAGCCGGCGAACACCUCGGCUCCCGCUCAGCCCAGCACAACCACAGCAGCCUCAUCCGGUCUCUUUGGAGGCGCGCAGUCUGGCGCCAGCGCCCCUUCUGGAGGGCUCUUCGGCGGUGGUGCCCCAGCCUCUACUACCGCUCCGUCAUCAGGUGGACUUUUCGGUGGCGCAAAGACCGAGACAGCUGCACCAGCCGCUUCCCAAGCAGCCGGUUCGACACCUUCUACUACCUCAACCCUGUUUGGUGCUAAGCCCGCGGCUCCUGCGGCAGCUACUCAGAGCUCGACACCUGCUGGCGGACUCUUUGGAGGUGCGGCAACAACAUCUGUUGAUGCUACCACUUCGACUCCUGCGACUGCUGGAGGUUUGUUCGGCGCCAAGCCUGCUGCAACCACAGCCGCAGCUGCAACUACGGCGGCUCCAGCAACGGCUUCGAGCGCGGGUGGUCUCUUUGGUGGCGCCCCGAAGCCUUCUACCGAGUCGACGGCGCCCAAGCCUGCGGGCGGCUUGUUUGGAACACCGGCCACCACCCAGGCUCAGACAUCUGCAACUACAGCUGCUCCUGCAACUGCGGCAACGACAACCGCAGCGCCAGCAAGCAGCCUGUUCGGAGCCAAGGCGGCCACGACUACAGACGCCAGCAAGGACGCAGCGAAGCCUGCCGCUCAGAACGGAACCAGUGCUCUAGGUGCCUCCACGACUGGACCUACCUCACAGAUGGCCCGGCUCAAGAACAAGACCAUGGAGGACAUUGUGACGCGAUGGGCCUCGGAUCUGUCCAAGUACCAGAAGGAGUUCAAGGAGCAGGCUACCACUGUGUCCAGCUGGGACAGAAGCCUCGUAGACAACGGCGAGAAGAUCCAGAAGUUGUACCUGGAUACUUUUGAGGCGGAGCGAAGAAGCCAUGAGAUUGAGCGACAGCUUGCGGCUGUGGAGAACCAGCAGGAUGAGCUCGAGGCUUGGCUUGAUCGUUAUGAGUCGGAGGUCCAGGACAUGUUUGCCAAGCAGCUUGGUCCCGGCGAGCAGUUGGCAGGUCCUGACCAGGAGCGGGAGCGCACAUACAAGCUCGCAGAGAAGCUGAUGCAACAAUUGGAUGAGAAGUCGAGGGACCUCACUAAGAUGGUCAAGGAGAUCAAUGACAUUUCAGGCACACUUAACAAGGGUGCUAAGCCCGAGGACCCUCUGAGCCAGAUCGUCCGGGUUCUCAACGGCCACCUCACACAGCUGCAGUGGAUCGAUGCUAAUGCCUCGGCCCUCCAGUCCAAGGUGACGGCGGCCCAAAAGUCGAGCAGCAACCUUGGAAGCCACUACGGCAGCUCGGAUAAUGAUGCGGCGGAGAGCUUCUACCGUUCGUACAUGGGGCGACGAUAA